UACACUCCACUUUGCUCUUUGUACAACAUGUUAAUGCCUCAUUCACCCCACUAUAAAAAUAGCAAAUAGAAUUACAAAUUUUCCCCCAAUUCAUUCCACCGGAAAAACUAUCUCCGGCUCCGAUGUCCUCCAAAUCACGUAACUUCCGCCGUCGCACCACCUCCUCCGCCGCCGACGAUGAUGAAACCGCCACUAAAACCACGACAUCCUCCGCCGCUAAACCUCCAACCUCCGCCGUCAAACCAAAAAAGAAAAGCCUACUCAGCUUCGCCGACGACGAAGACGACGACGUCGGAGAUGGAAAUUCCGGCGGCAUCAAAUUAACAAAAGACCGAAUUACCCCUAAACAAUCUUCAUCUUCACGAAUUACCAAACCUUCUUCUUCUUCUUCGGCACAUAAGCUUACUUCAACAAAAGACAAAACUACCCCUAAACCUUCCAAUGUACAGCCUCAAGCUGGUAGUUACACUAAAGAAGCCCUCUUAGAGCUCCAGAAAAACACCCGUACCUUAGUCGGACCUCGCCCGACUCGACCCGAUCCGAAACCCGAACCGGUGAUUAUCCUCAAGGGUUUAGUGAAACCGAGUAAUGUGAGUAAUGUAAGUAGUCAAAUAGCUGAAAGUAAUGAAGAAGAUGAAUAUGGAGUGAUACCGGAUAAGGUGACUAUUGAAGCUAUAAGAGCAAAGAGGGAGAGGCUAAGACAAGCACGUCCCGCGGGGCAAGACUUUAUAGCAUUGGAUGAAGGGGGUAAUCAUGGUGAAGUUGAGGGUUUGAGUGAUGAGGAACCGGAGUUUCAGCAGAGGAUUGGGUUUUAUGGGGAGAAAAUUGAGAGUGGAGGGAGAAGAAGGGGUGUGUUUGAGGAUUUUGAGGAUAAGGUAGUGGAGAGGGAGGGUGGAGGAUUGCGUAACGAGGGGAAUGAUAAGGAGGUGGAUGAUGAAGAUGAGGAGGAUAAAAUGUGGGAGGAAGAGCAAGUGAGAAAAGGGUUGGGAAAAAGAUUGGAUGAUGGAGGAGGAGGUAAUAGAGGGGUAAUGAGUAGUGGUGUAGUUCAGAGUGUUCAACAAAAGGCGAGUUUCGGAGCCAGUAGUGGAUAUUCGUCGAUACAGAGUGUUGUUGAUGUUUCGGAUGGUCCUACUAUUGGAGUAGUGUUUGGAGGUUUGCCUAGUUUGGAUGCAAUGUCGAUUUCGAAGAAGGCUGAGGUUGCUAAGAAAGCCUUGUAUGAGAGUAUGGGAAGACUGAAAGAAUCUCAUGGCCAAACUGUGGCAUCAUUGAACAAGACUGAAGAAAAUUUAUCGGCCUCAUUGUCAAAAGUCACUAUGCUGGAAAAUUCGUUGUCUGCUGCUGGUGAGAAGUACAUGUUUAUGCAAAAGCUUCGCGACUUUGUUUCUGUUAUAUGUGCGCUUUUGCAGGAUAAAGGUCCUUACAUUGAGGAACUUGAAGACCAGAUGCAGAAACUUAAUGCAGAACGAGCAGCCGCUAUCUUAGAAAGGAGAGCUGCUGAUAAUGAUGAUGAAAUGAAGGAACUUGAAGCUGCUGUAAAUGCUGCAAGACAAGUUCUAAGUAGAGGUGGGAGCAAUGCAGCAACAAUAGAAGCUGCCACAGCUGCUGCUCAAGCUUCAACAGCAGCCAUGAGGAAAGGAGGAGAUUUACCUGUAGAGUUAGAUGAAUUUGGUAGAGAUGUGAAUCUACAGAAACGGAUGGAUACAACGAGAAGGGCAGAGGCUCGGAAACGAAGGAGAGCGAAAAAUGAUGUUAAAAGAAUGUCAGCUAUAAAAUUGGAUAGCUCCUAUCAGAAAAUAGAAGGAGAAUCUAGCACCGAUGAAAGUGACUCUGAGAGUACAGCAUAUCAAUCAAACCGUGAUCAAUUGCUUCAGGUUUCCGAGCAGAUUUUUGGUGAUGCACACGAGGAAUAUUCUCAACUGUCUGUGGUUGUUGAAAAGUUCGACAGAUGGAAGAAAGACUAUGCCUCAAGCUAUCGUGAUGCAUAUAUGUCACUUAGUAUGCCUGUUAUUUUUUCACCCUAUGUGAGACUAGAGCUUCUGAAGUGGGAUCCACUGCAUGAAAACACAGAUUUUAUGGAUAUGAACUGGCAUAAUUCUCUAUUCAAUUAUGGACUUCCUCCAGAAGGUGAAAGCGAAAUAAGUGCUGAUGACAAUGAUGCCAAUCUUAUUCCUCAGUUGGUGGAGAAACUUGCAAUACCUAUUCUACAUAACCAGUUAGCUAAUUGCUGGGAUAUGCUUAGCACCAGUGAAACAGUGUGUGCUGUCUCUGCCAUGCGAUUGGUGUUGCGAUACGGCCCCUUUUCUGGCUCAGCCCUCAGCGAUCUGGUUGCUGUGCUUCGUGAUCGUCUAUCUGAUGCUGUGUCUAAUUUGAAGGUCCCAACUUGGGACACCCUUGUACUGAGGGCUGUACCUGAUGCAUCACGAGUUGCUGCUUAUAGGUUUGGCAUGUCUGUUCGUUUGAUCAGGAACAUAUGCUUGUUCCAUGAGAUUUUUGCCAUGCCUGUGCUAGAAGAGCUGGUUCUUGAUAAACUCCUAACCGGAAAGAUUCUUCCUCAUCUCCGAAGCAUUCAGUCAAACAUUCAUGAUGCUGUAACAAGAACUGAAAGAGUUGUCACUUCACUACACGGUGUCUGGGCUGGCCCUAAUGUUACAGGAGAUUGCAGUCCCAAGUUACGACCAUUGGUGGAUUACUUGCUAUCACUUGCCAGAGUGCUCGAGAAGAAGCAGAUAUCAAGCAACGGAGAGAUACAGACGUCUAAAUUUGCACGUCGGUUGAAGAAGAUGCUCGUUGAACUAAAUCAAUAUGACUAUGCCAGGGACAUUUCAAGAACCUUCAACAUCAAGGAGGCCUUAUGAUCUUUAAUUUUCUUGGUUCCAUUGUCUUCAAAAAAACAUAACAGGGGGUUGCUUUAGUUUUAGAAGUCUUAGUACAAUUUUGAGUUUGAUAUCAUCAGUUCCAAUUUUCGUCUUUUAGGUUUCACUGUUGUAACUUGUAACAAAUUAUCCUACUUUCAAUACUUACAAGGCCUAUGAAAAUAUUAGGGGUGGUUCUGUUUACUGGAAAAAAAAAAUGGUGCAGUUGAAUUUAUAUGAGGUCAAGGACACGCGUCUUAACUUAA